AUGGAGAUCUCGGGCGAGUACGUUGGCCGGGACGGGCAGCGGCACCAGCUGCGGGUGCCCUGUGAGGCGCCCGACGACGCUGACCCUCUCCAGGGCCUAUUGUCGGGCGUGGCCCGGAUGAGGGAGCUGGUGGCCCAGCUCUUGGACCCCCAGGUGCAGCGGGAAGCGCAGGACAGACCGGCGGCGGCGGCUCCGGGCGAGGCCGCGGACGGUGAUAAUGAAGAUGAUGCAGAAGAUGAAAAUAACAUUGAUUACAGAACUAACUCAGAUGGACCAUCUGCAAAACGGACAAAAACAUCCUCUUAA